AUGGCCGAGACAAGCGCAGCCCAGAGGGGGAAUACCCUUCCAAAUGGUGACAUCUAUGUUGGCAAUUUUGCUGGUUUAGUUCCUCAUGGAUUUGGAAAGUAUAUGUGGACAGAUGGAACUCUUUAUUAUGGCGAGUGGGAUACAAGCAAGAUGACUGGCAGAGGAGUAAUUCAGUGGCCUUCAGGUGCUUCAUAUGAUGGAGAUCUCUGUGGAGGUUUCAUUGAUGGAACAGGCACUUUCAAAGGAGUUGAUGGAUCUGUUUAUAAAGGUUCUUGGAGGAUGAACAAAAAACAUGGAAUGGGCCCAAUGGUUUAUGCCAACGGUGAUACUUACGAAGGUUUAUGGAACGAGGGCUUGCCAGAUGGAUUUGGUAAAUAUACAUGGGUUGAUGGCAACAUCUACAUUGGAGGCUGGAAAUCUGGUAAAAUGAAUGGCCGAGGAGUGAUGCAAUGGACAAAUGGCGAUACUCUUGACUGUAAUUGGCUUAAUGGACUGGCUCAUGGAAAUGGUUUUUGUAAAUAUGCAUCAGGAGCAUGUUACAUUGGUACAUGGGACACAGGACUCAAGGAUGGACAUGAUUCAUCUACUGAGCCCUUGGCAACUGAUAAUUGUGUCCAAGAUAGUGGAGUUGAUAAAGUAUUGGUCUAUGAAAGAGAAUAUGUACAAGGAGUACUUAUCUCGGAAAAGCCAAAAUGCCAUGAUUCCGGAAUGCUGGAUAGCGGUAAAACACAGGAGCAUACCUGGCAAAAGCAAUCUGGAGGGCCCAUGGAGACUAUUUUCAAAGGCCACAGGAGCUAUUACCUAAUGCUUAAUUUGCAACUUGGCAUUAGGUAUACAGUAGGUAAAAUCACCCCUGUGCCUUUGCGUGAAGUCCGUUCAAAUGAUUUUGGACCUCGAGCACGGAUAAGAAUGUACUUCCCUACUGAAGGCUCGCAGUAUACGCCUCCACACCACUCUGUCAAUUUCUUUUGGAAGGAUUAUUGCCCUAUGGUUUUCCGGAAUCUUCGAGAAAUGUUCCACAUUGAUGCUGCAGAUUACAUGAUGUCCAUAUGUGGUGAUGACAGUCUGAAAGAGCUUUCUUCACCUGGGAAAAGUGGCAGUAUUUUCUAUCUUUCACAGGAUGAACGUUUUGUCAUAAAAACCUUGAGAAAAGCUGAGCUGAAGAUACUGUUGAAGAUGCUUCCAAAAUAUUACAGUCAUGUCAGAGCUUAUGAUAAUACGCUCAUUACAAAAUUUUUUGGUGUGCACAGGAUUACUCUGAAAGGCGGCAGAAAGGUUCGCUUUGCUGUGAUGGGAAAUAUGUUCUGCACUGAGCUGCGAAUUCAUCGUAAGUAUGACUUGAAGGGUUCAACACAAGGCCGAUCAACAAAAAAGCAAAAUAUAAAUGAGAACACAACACUGAAGGACCUUGACCUUUCAUAUGUUUUUCAUGUGGAUAAACCAUGGCGUGACGCCCUUUUCAGGCAAAUAUCACUUGAUUGUAUGUUCUUGGAAUCCCAGUUUAUCAUCGAUUAUAGCAUGCUCUUGGGGAUCCAUUUUAGAGCUCCCUAUCACCUGAAGACAUCUUCAUCACAUCAGAGCAGUCUUGAAAGAUGCGGAAUUCCAGAUAGUGAACUGUUGCAAUAUGAGGAAAAAAGUUCGUGGAAGGGAUUUUUGCUUGUUGCUCAUGAGCCAGGCACUACAGUUGGUGGUUCCCACAUAAGAGGAAGCAUGGUUAGAGCAUCGGAAGCUGGUUAUGAAGAAGUUGAUCUUGUUUUGCCAGGCACCGGACG